AUGGACGAGAAGAGUGAGAUGCGAGUGUCGACACGUUCCAUGGACUCUACCGAUCGCUCAGAGCUGAGCUCCAUAGCGGAGGAGGAUCACGAGCUUCUUGAGAAAGGCGAGCGCGACCUCGAAUCACAAGCCAUCAUCGAACAACAACCUACACCUACAGAGUACAGCACAUCCACUAGCAAGAAGCUGGUAUACCUCGCACUUUACUUCCUGCUCAACCUGAGCGUGACACUUUCCAAUAAAGCACUUCUACAAGGUGUCUCUUUUCCGUGGCUCCUCACAUUCGCACACACCACCGCCACCUCCCUCGGAUGCACAACACUCUUGCUCACAGGACAGUUGAAGCUCUCGAAGCUAUCGCUCAAGGAUAACAUUAUACUGGUGGUAUUCUCGACGCUCUUCACCUUGAACAUUGCAAUCAGCAAUGUGUCGUUGGCGCUCGUAUCGGUUCCAUUCCACCAAGUUAUGCGAUCGACUUGCCCCGUGGCUACCAUCCUGAUCUACAAGUUCGGCUACAACCGCGCAUACUCGACACAGACAUGGCUAUCGAUGAUACCUUUGGUGCUGGGCGUUGGCCUUGCGACAUUCGGCGACUACUACUUCACCAUGGCAGGCUUCCUGCUGACACUAUUGGGAGUUGUCCUUGCAGCGAUCAAGACGGUGGCGACAAACAACCUUAUGACGGGAUCUCUCAAGCUAUCUGCGAUGGAAGUCUUGUUUCGGAUGUGCCCACUUGCGGCACUUCAAUGUCUUCUCUAUGCUGCGGGCAGCGGUGAGAUCGGGAAGCUACAGGCAGCAGUCGCCGAGGGCCUCAUCUCUACAAACAUGCUAUUCGGCAUCGCCACGAAUGCUGCGAUGGCUUUUGGUCUGAACGUGGUGUCUUUCCAGACGAACAAGGUGGCAGGGGCUCUGACGAUCUCCGUCUGCGGCAACGUCAAGCAGGUCAUGACCAUAAUGCUGGGCAUCGUUCUGUUCAGCGUCAAGGUGGGACCUAUGAAUGCCGCAGGCAUGCUGGUUGCAACAGCUGGAGCUGCCUACUACAGCAAAGUGGAGAUGGACCGCAAGAAGGCAGCCUCUACAACAUGA